AGGCAUGCAGUGCACACUGCCUUCAUUCGGCUCAAGGCUUACGUAGCUUAUCGCCGACCACAGAAGACUGGGAGGAAAAGCUGAGAUGAAAGCCUUUGCCUGGCAAGGCAAGUCACGAAGGCUUAGUGCUCUCCUGGUGGUUCUGACGUAUGCUGGCCUCGGCUUUCUUGGUACACCAGAGAAGAUCGUGUCGCCCAGCUACUCCUCGUCAGCAGGCAGAUGGGUGGAAGGCUCGGUCAACCACCACCGGGCACCACGUGUGGCGAGGAAUGACGGCGAUGUUGCCAAUCCAGUGAUCAUCCCAACCAUCCUAGCUUCAAUAGCAGGCCUGGGAGUGGGAAUCGCAUUUGCAAGGGCAGUUGAGGUUGCUGGAACAGCUUCCCAGGAGCGUGGGAACGUAAGCGAAAGCCUCAAAGCCCAGCUGAGUGCAGAUGCAGGCAUGGAAGAUGUUGAAGAUGAUGAAUCCUCCAAGCAGAAGGAAUUGCUGGAAAGCAUGAGGAGGGCUCAAGGGAUCAGUGAAGAAGAGGUGACGAAGCUUAAGAAGGCUAAGGUGGAUGAAGAUGAUGGUUGGUAACCAGUUGGCUCGAGAGGUGCGGGCAGUCUCACUUCCAAUAUGUUGAAUGGUGGCAAGGAGCUAGCGCUCACAACGAAGGAUCAGACCCAGCCUGUUGCAGCAAGUAUAGUAUCAGUCAAGUUGAGUCAAGGCUCACAACUUUCUGUAAGAAACUAUCGGUAAAGUCGGUGCUUUUCAAGGGUUUUUGUCCUGGACUGUUUGUUGUGGGUUUGUAUUCUGAUUCACUGCAAUUGGCUGAUGGGCAAUGCCUUUUCGCAAAGCCCUCGCCUUCCAAUUUUCAUCUCGACCUCGAGCACAAAAGGAGCUAGUUUGUCAAACUGCUGGGUAAGCAAGAUUGCCGAUCAUUGCUAGUUCUUCCCGCUUUUCUUCAAGGCACUUGCCGGCAUACACAAGAGCA